CGGAGCAUAUCUCUAUAAUUCGCUUCUUUGGACAAUUUGAGGCGCAGCACUAAAUUUGUUUCCAGAUGCUGGGACUGUUGCACUUUAAAAUUUCUCUCUUGUAAUAAUUAACGAGUUGAUGUGUCGCCUGUGUGCCACUGGAUCGGUGAUUUUCAGGCCAUUUCCACAGAUAAGUUCAUACAAAAUUAACACAUAGCAUUUCCUUUUAAAAAUGACAGUCAGUGGCGAUUCUAAAGAAGUAAACGCUCCAGAAACACAGUCCGGAGAUAAUCCCGAAAAAACCCCUGUAGCCACCAUCGACGGAUAUCUAACAAAGUUCAACGAAGAUUUAAUCUGGCGUUUCGAAAGGGAUCUGACAUUCGCUGACUACACUCUAGUGCGUGAUUACGAUUUUGGAACUUCGAACCUAAAACUCUUUAGCAAACCAAGAAGUGACACAACACUCAAGGAGUUUCUGGUACAGGGAAUUGUUGAUGUGUCCAAGGAAAACCUUCUUGCCCUUCUAACAAACCUAAAGAAUAGGCCACUUUGGGAUAGCACAUAUGUAGAACAUGAGGAUAUAACAUACAUUGAGGAAACCUGUACGGAUGUUACAUUCUCGGUUUCAAAAUACCCGUUUCCUUUAACAAAGAGAACCUAUAUGGUUACAAGGACUCUUUAUAAUACUGAAAAUGGUACAGUCGCACUGCUAAGUCUAGCAACAGACAAAUAUAAAACCGACAAAAAGUAUAGAUGGUCUACUCAUGUAGAUGACUUUGAGAGUCUCCUUAUACUUAAAGAUUGUAAAGAUGAUGAAAAUCAGGCAAGGACUUCUAUGGUAGCUACAUAUUUUGAGAAUCCAAAAGCCAUGGUACCAAACGCAUAUGUAAACUUAAUCACCGGACAAGUCGUCCCAGGAAUCCUAGCUAAAAUGGUUAUCGCAUCUCAAAAGCUGGACCAUAAAGAAUCUGUUGGAUAUUGCGGUAAAUUAAAGUAUAGCACCCUAAAGUUCGAAGACAAGGGAUUGGAACAUGACGAGCUAUAGCGUUACACGGUU